UUUUAGUUAAAGCAAAAAGGAGAAGAAGAAGAAAAAAGUGCAGCUGAAAAUUAUUGUAUUGUAAUUUUUUAGUAUACGCAGCACGCCUACAACUGCGCAUGCCCCAGACCCAGACCCAAUCCCAGACCCAGUCUCCUAUACAUUUGAGGCCGAGACGCAGCAGCAGCAGCAGCAGAGCAGCAGCAGGUGACAGCGACACCGGCAGCGACGUCGACGGCGACGCCUCAGUGCUAUAGGAAAACUCAAGGCUAUCGAGUUGAUUUCUUUGGACAUGGCCACCGUGGCGCACGGCUGCAGCAGUCCGCGGCAGCGUUCUUGCAACGGCAGCAGCUCACCUGGUGGACAGCACGGGUCGACGCCCGCAAUGUACACAACGAUGCCGAAAUAUACGCGCACCGCCAGCCAGACACUCUACGCGACAAGCCAGCAGCUCUUUGGCGGAGGAGGAGUCGGGAUGCCCGGCGAGUAUAAUGGACACGGAGGUGGGUUGUAUAUGGCCACGGGCAGCAUGUCGCAGCGUCCGCUGUCGGCGUCGGCUUUGCCGGAGACGGCGACGGGUUGCCGCAAUUACUGGAGCCAGGGCCAGAGCCAGAGCCAGGGUCAUCCGGGUCCGGGUUCGUUUUAUCACAGCAGCGGCAGACACUUUAAUUACAACAAGCGCAAGUCCGCCGUAGAGCUGCUGGCCGAAUCGAAGCCCUUCUACAUCAAGUCUGACGCGGUCUUCGAGCGACUGCAGCAGUCCGGCUAUCGCGGCGGAGGCAAUGGCGCCGGAGCGGGAGUCAAGCGCGGACGCCGGCCGGAAGAGGGACACUACGGUGCCUCGUACGACGAACUGGAGGAUAGGCGCUACAUCAGCCUGACCAGGCAGCAGCAGCAACAGCAGCAGGCGCAGUUGCAGCAGCAAUACGGUCUGCACAAUCAUCACCAGCAUCACCAUCACAGGCACAAUCCCGGCCAGGCCAUGCACGGCCAGACGAGGGAACGACCCGGUGCGGCAGUCAACAACAAUCUACUGCAGCACAAGCUGCGCAUGCUGCUCGGCUCGGAGGCGGGCAAGGAGCGCGCCGGCACGUUGCGACGCCAUGAGCUGGGCGACGGCAAUCCGGAGCUGCUGCUGGCCGGCGAGGAGGAGAGCAGCGCGCUGAGGAUUCCGCCGCCGCUUUACCUGCCCGCCCAUGCCUUCGGGGGCAGGGACAAGGCCUAUGGCGGCGGCUAUCCCAGCGAGCCGAACAGCGGCGGCGAGGAGCCGCUGGUGCUCACCGAGAACUACAGACCGAUCAGUCCGCCUGCCGAGUACGCAGCCAAGUCGAGCCAGGCGCAUAACGAGCGCUACAGGUACAACUAUCAGCGCUCGUACUCGCACUCGCACGAGGUGGCCAUUCCGGACGAGCGUGCUCCGUACACGGCGGGCGAGUUUAACAUCAAUAGCCACAAAUCUCUGCCCGAUCUGCACACGCAGAUCAGCCGGCACUCGCCGCACAGCGAGAUACUGAGCUGCUGCAGCCGGGGAAAUCGCUCCAUCAAGUCCGCGGGGGAGUCGUCCAUCAAUCGCGACUCCGGCGGCAGCUCCGGCCACUAUACGCACCGCAGCGAGCCGUGCUAUAAGCGGCAGCGCGAGACGAAUCCGGGGACCGCCAGCGGCACGAUUAAGAACUGCUGCAAUCUGGUGGCCGCCACACGGCGGGACAGCGGCUCCUCCACGCAGCACAGCGCCAACUCGUACUGCGGCUAUGUGACGCCUGCCGGACGCAACACGGACUGCCUGGACUGCCGCUGCAAGCCGGACGCGGCGCCGAGCUUUGAUCAUGCGGCCGCCGAUUACUUGCUCAAUUUCACGCCCACGCCGGAGGUGCCGGAAGCGUUCCAGGAUGAUUAUACACCGACGCCGCCGUCGCCGCGCCUCAAGACCCAAACGCCGCGCUACUCGAGCUCCUCCAGCCAGCAGCUACACACCAGCUCCCAGGGCUACACGAGUAUCAACCAUUCGCAGAGCUCUCUGGCGCAGAGUCCCGGCUCGGCGCCGUCCGUGGACGACAUUAGCCCGCCGCCCAUACAAUUUAAGCGGCAGCGUUGCAUUCGCUUCAAGAAUCGCAACCGGCUGCCUGUCCAACCACGCACCUCGCCCAUCAACCAGGCCAUGGAGUGUCUCAGCGGGGGCGGCGGCGGAUCGGCGGGCUACAAGCGCAACAUGGAGCACGAGAAUGUGUUCUUCCCCAAGGGUUUUUCGGCGGACGGCUAUGCAAGCCAGUCGGCCGCCAUGGACAUGGAGCGGGAGGCAUUGAACGCCAGCAUAUCCGAGCUGGAGAAGUUCUUUGAUCGGUUGGGCCUGAACGACGAGGCGUUCCACGAGCUCUACAGCCAGCCCCGGCGGCAGCACAAUCCCGAAACCGAUUCGGAUGACUCCAGCACCGUGUUCUUCUCGGACCACAGCACCGUGGACUCGAUGCGACUGCCGGACAGCACCGAGACACAGCCGCAAACUACCCAGCCCUAUCGGCCCUCGGAGCCGCCAUCAAUCGUGGAGCGCAAUGCGAGAAUCAUCAAGUGGCUGUGUAACUGCAAGAAGACGCAGUGCGCCUGAGGAUACGCCGGACCUUGUAGUCGACCAUAACCGUAAAUUUGAUAUUGUUCUUUAGAUAUGAGUAAUUUUACCCUCUUAGUCCCCACCCGAAGUACAAGCGCAGAUAAAAAUUCAAUCGAAAACAUAAACACGAGCUGCUCGAGCUUCUUUCAAACUCGAAAAUUUCGUUCGAGCCGUUAGCUCGAACAUGUUGCCGACAAGCUCGAGCUUUGAUCGACUGAAUAUCUGCGGGUUUGAUGAAUCGCUAGCUCGCUACUCAAAAGCUCACUCCGUUUGCGCUUAAAUCGGUUGAGUUUCUGAGUUGGAUACAAAUCGAUUAAUCAAGGCAAGGCUCCAAAUCGAAUAUCUGGAAACACCCAAUUGUACAACUGAAUUGCCGCUUAUUACUCGUAUGAAUGUGCGUUUGGUCAUUUUUUUCUGCCACGUUUUGCAGACACAAUUAAAUAAUUAUCGUAUAACUAAUCGUCUAGCAAAAUGAGAGGUCAUAUUACUCGUAUACAUAAAGGUAUUAUUAGAAUGAAUUAUUGUACAAUUACCUCUCGUAACGUGCAUAUAUCGUAAACAUAUAAACUUGCCCACUACUUAUACACAUAUAUGUAUGUAGUUGCCAAAAGAAAAACAAAAAAACAAUUUAAAAGUACUCGUAAAGAAAUUGAACCUACCUAUUUAUGUGAGUG